CGAGAGAACAUCGAGGACUUCAGCGACCAGAUCCAAUUCCCCGACAUCAACGAACUUCUCGAACGUCCGAGAUCUCCACCGACGACCGGCGCAUUCUCCAGUCGUACGGCAGCUCUACUCGCCAACCUCGAGCGACCACAAAGCGGCGGUGUCACGGAGAGUACAUCCACCACAACGACCGCAAGCCGACGGCGCAAGAAAGAUCGAGCCGCGAAGGACAUCAUUGAAGAUGACGACCAGAUGGAUGAUCCAGCCGCUACCGCCCGGGGCAAAUCCCAGCGCAAAACCACCACCGCCACCACCGCCACCUCCACCAGCGCAGCGAAGGACGCCAAAGCCCGGGAACGGGCGGUGGCCAAGGCGCAACGCGAACAGGAGCGGCAGCGGGAGAAAGAGCGCAAGCAGAGACUCAAGGGCGAGAAGGCCCGGGAGAAACAGCUUGCCGCCGACAUCGCGGAGGUCAACAAGCUGAAAGUAACGAAGAAGGAGUCGACGCCGGAGAUGCUAAUCGACCUCGCCUCGACGUUCGAAGGGACGAGCGUCGGGAACCAGACGACGGAGUUCAUGAAGCAUCUCGGGGUGGAGCUGUCGUUCUUCGCCAGUGCGAUCCCCAACGUCGUGAGAUGGCGCCGCAAGGUCAAAGCGACCUACAACGACACCCUCGGGUACUGGGAACCCUGUGCACCCCACAUCCGCGACGAGGACGAGCAUGUGCUCUGUCUGGUGCCGGCGCAGGAAUUCGUCGGCAUGGUCUUGUCGUCGUCGUCGUCUGCUUCGCCAGAAACCGAUACAACGACCCUAGAGCAACACAUCCAGACGCUGAAAUCCGCCUACCCCAACCGCACCCCGAUCUACCUGAUUGAAGGCCUGACCAUCUGGCUGCGCAAGAACAAAAACUCCCGCAACAAAGCCUACGUAGCCGAAGUCCGUCGCCAGUACGACGAGGCCGCAGCAGCCACAGCAGCAGCAUCCACCGACCUGACCACCACAGCAACCACCCGCCGCACCCGCAAGAAAACCCAACAAACCACCAACAAACCCGAAAUCACCCCACCCAUCGACGAUGACACGAUCGAAGACGCCCUCCUCGACCUCCAAGUCACCCACGCCUGCCUGAUCCACCACACGGCCGCGCCCGCCGACUCGGCCGAGUGGAUCAAGACCUUCACCGAGCACAUCUCGACAGUCCCCUACCGGCGCGAGCGCAUGGCCGUCAACGACUCGGCCUUCUGCAUGGACGUGGGGCAGGUCAAACCCGGCGAGAACCGCUCCGACACCUUCGUCAAGAUGCUGCAGGAGGUCAACCGCAUCACCGCCAGUAUGGCCUACGGCAUCGCCGAGCGGUACCCGAGCGUGCUGGAUCUGGUGCGCGGGAUGCGUCGCGAGGGGCCCGGGUUGUUGGAGGAUGUUAAGAAAUCCGCGAAUAAGAACGGCGCCCUUACGGAUUCGCGCAUUGGGCCCGCGGCUAGUCGGCGGUUGUAUAAGGUGUUCAUGGGGAUGGAUCCUUCGUCUACGGAUGUUUGA